UCCCGCCUCGCUAUCAGGACCCCAGCCAGGCAAGAUGGCGGCGGCCAACCAAAUCGCCGGGGAGUUUGAAAACUGGCUGAACGAGCGGCUGGACUCCCUCGAAGUAGACCGAGAAGUUUACGGAGCAUAUAUACUCGGAGUGCUCCAGGAAGAGGAAAAUGAUGAAGAGCAAAAAGAUGCUCUUCGGGGCAUUCUCUCCGCUUUUCUGGAUGAAGACUCGCUUGAGGAGGUUUGCCAGCAGAUCCUAAAACAGUGGACUGAGUGCGGCAGCAGAUCUGCAGUCAAGGGAACUCAUGAUGAGGUUCAGGCGAUUGCCAGUUUGAUAGAGAAGCAGGCCCAGAUUGUGGUCAAACAGAAGGAGGUGUCCGAGGAGGCCAAGAAGAGGAAAGAGGUUCUGCUGGCACAGUAUGCUCAUGUCACAGAUGAGGAGGAUGAAGAUGAUGAGGAAGAACAAGCCGCAGUAGGGAUACCCAGUGAAAAAUCCAUGUUCAGAAACACCAAUGUUGAGGAAGUUUUGAACCGCCGCAAACAGCAGCGUGACCAGGCCAGAGAGGACGCGCAGAAGAAGAAAGAACAAGACAAGAUGCAACGAGAGAAAGACAAACUAGCCAAGCAGGAGCGCAAGGACAAAGAAAAGAAACGCACACAGAAGGGAGAGCGCAAGAGAUAGAGAGAAAACACCGAGCACGAAAACUUUUGUAAACUAUACAAUACCAAGGUCAUUUACCACAAUGAUAUCUCAGCAAACAAUGUCCCAACUAACAAUGUAUGCAUCCAUAUCACGUUUUGGGUCUGAUAUUGCUUAUGGAAUGAUAAUGUUGGGCCUAUUUAGCGGUUUUCUUGGCUUGUACAAAUCAAAAACCAGCAAACUGAGUGAGAAUUGUCACGACAUAUUCAUUUAUUACCGGUGCUGACUGUCGUGCUACUUAUUUAAGGGUAAAUCUCACACAACCUGUCAAAAACAUGUUCAGGUUGCAUUUCAACUCCAAAAUCAUAAUUAAAAUUUUGGUUAAAGACCAUUUCCCCUAAUUGUCAUUACUGUAUCACAUAAAUAUUUUAAUUGUAAAUUGAAAAUAAUGUGGCUAUGCAAAAUAUUGUCAUAAUACUAAAGCAUGCUUAAUUUUCUUUUUGGUGUGUGUGUGUGUGUGUGUUUAAUAUAUAUAUUGAAAAGUAACCUGGACAUGUUUCCAUGAGAUUCACUUAAAAAAAAAAAAAAAAAAAAAAGUUGAAAUCUACUCUAACAUUUACCAGCGGAUAACCAACAUGCUUGUGUCUAAAAACGGCAUGAAUCCCAUUUAAAAAUAACCUGUGAACCUGUGAUUUUAAAUGUUUUUCAUGGGUUGCUCCUCAUUAGCACGCCAGUGAUUUUUAACACACAGCUCAAGAUAUAAAAAUUUAUCUAUAUUUAUUCAGCUCGCAAGCUUUUUCAGAAACCAACGGAAGCCUUCUUGUCAUGUAGCAAUAUAUGGAGAGGGCUCAGAGACAACCCAAAGACAGAGAAACAUAACUGCCAAUCAGUGGGUGAGGAGUUUCUUGUUUUUUGCCCUAGGUGGAUGUUUCUGUCUAAAUCAUGGUUUAUUUUUAUUGUAGGACAGUGAUUAACCUAAAGUGAGAAGGGUGUGUGUGUGCACAUGUAUAUCAAUUGACAACUGUUCAUUUGAAGCUGCUACAUAUUGUGCCAACACCUUGUAGACUGCCUUUUCAUAUAUUACAUUGGGUUGCACUGUAGGCAAACCAAUAUCUUUAAACCUUUAGGCCUGGUUUCACAGACGUGGCUUAGGUUAACUAGGACAUUAAAGUAUCUUUUAUAAAUGUGCCUUAGGAAAUAGCAUUAUUUGUGUCCAUCUUGAGACAAACAAUGGCACUGACAUAUUUUAAGAUUUGUCAGUGCAAGUUUCUUUUAGUUAAAAAACCUCAGACAUGCAUUUUAGUCUGGGACUAGGCUUAAGCCUUGUCUGUGAAACCAAGGGAUUGUGUCUGUUAGAUUCUAAGAUCAGGGCUCUGUUCUACGUACCUUGCUUAAUACAUCUAAGAGGAUUUGAAAGAUUCCAGAUCUAGUUAUCGUGAUAACUGAUCUCUGCCAAAUUUGGUUCUUCAAUCGGAUUUGCGUAUUUAAUUCAAACAUUCGGAUGAAGUCUCAGAUUAGUGUGUUCUCAUGUUCCCUGAAAAGGGCAGCUGUAUCGAUACUCUAAACCACUAUCAGCAAUGCAGCGACUGGCUGGCGGCAAGACAGCAACCUAAUGACAUCGUAGAAUUUAAAAAAAACGUGACAUUUCUGUACCUUUAUAAGGAAACGGCCAAGUGAAUAAAAAUACAUUUAAUGGUA